AUGGUAGGAAGCGUUGGAAUUUUACUCUCAAUUACACAAUCACCAUCUGCAAAAAAGCUUCAGCAUGGCCGUAGUCGAGGUGGAAUCGCUAAAGAGUUUCUGGAGUCUGGGCGUUCCUGUGAAGACUUUUUCCCUGAAUUGAGUAGCAAAGCUGAUCUAUUUAAUGGAUUCCAAUUUUUAGGAUUACAAAGGAAUAAAGAAAACCUCUACGAGAUGACAUCUUUGACAAAUAUGCUUGUCGACAAAGUGGAACCACGAAAAUGGCCGGCAGGGACAUAUGUUUGGGGCAAUAGCCCUCCGGAUAAACCAUUCCGAAAGGUCGUCGAAGGGCGGAAAAUUUUCGAGAAGUAUAUCGCUUCGUUAACUCCUGACACCAGCGUGAACGAUUUGAUCACGGGACUGAUGAAAAUCGCUGCGGACGAGACAGAGUGA